GGGGACCGAGCCGGGGCUCCCGGGCUCUACUUAAGCGGCCGCGGACGGGACGGGGGCAUCGCCAUGAGGACCGAGCUGCUCCCGCUGCUGCUGCUGCUGCUGCUGCCCCCGCCGGGACCCCCCGGGAGCUGCGGGGGGGCUGCGGCGCAGCGCCUGUCAGGCAAGCGAGGCGAGUGUCCCCAUCCCGCCAAAAACCCCCCGACGGCUUGCGGCUCCUUCUGCUCCACGGACGCGGACUGCCCGGGCAGCGAGCGCUGCUGCAGCACCGGCUGCGGCACGGAGUGCCGGCUGCCCCUGGGAGUGAAGAGCAACUUCUGCCCCCGGCCGGACCCUAACCUGAUGAGCAUCUGCCUGGUGGAGUGCCACAGCGACAGAGAAUGCAAAGGUAGAGACAAGUGCUGCGCCAUGGGCUGCCACGUCCAGUGUGUACCUUCCUUGCCAGCCCACCCGGGCGUCUGCCCCAAGAGAAGGGUGCUCCAGACCUUCGCUCCUUGCAAGAGCACCUGCAUUGAUGACACUGACUGUCCUCUCCACCAGAAGUGCUGCUUCAUGGGCUGCAGCCGUGGCUGUCUGACUCCAGAAAGAGGAAAAUUCUUGGAGUGACCCCGCGGAGGAGGUGGCAGCGAGGCCCGGACCCCUCUAUGGGGCUGGGGUCUGCGGCAGUACUGACCCCAUGCUCUGCCCCAUGCAAUAAAGAUGCCAGGACGCCUGGUUUGCGGC